GCCUGAGGCCUGCGAUUCGGAGCCGGUUCCUGGGCGGAGGCAUGAGCGCGGCUGAGGCAGGAGCCGUUGGGGCGUCCCUCCCGCCGCCGGCCGAGGAGAGCUGAGGCCGAGGCCUGGUGGCGGCGGUCCGGAAGAGGAUGCGUGUGACGGCGCGGCGGGGGGCGGUGGCGGGCAGCCUGGCGCUGGCCCUGCUGGCGGCAGCCCUGGUGGGGCGGCGGGCCCUGGUGUGCCCGGGAGCCCGGGGGGGCGGGAGCGGCCCGGGGCCCGCCGACGAAGAGGAGGAUGACGAGGAGGAGGAGGAGCUGGUGGUGCGGGACGAGCGGGGACGGGGCGAGUACCGCUACGGCAAGGACACACCGCUGGUGUUUGUGGGCGGGGUGCCCCGCAGCGGCACCACCCUGAUGCGCGCCAUGCUGGACGCCCACCCCGAGGUGCGCUGCGGCCAGGAGACCCGCAUCAUCCCCCGCCUGCUGGCCAUGCGCCAGGCCUGGGCCCGCUCCGCCCGCGAGAAGGCCCGCCUGGACGAGGCCGGCGUCACGGAGCGGGUGCUGGACGCGGCCGUGCGCGCCUUCGUCCUGGAGGUCAUCGCCCGCCACGGGGAGCCCGCCCGCUUCCUCUGCAACAAGGACCCCUUCACCCUCAAGUCGUCCGUCUACCUGGCCCGCCUCUUCCCCAACUCCAAGUUCCUGCUGAUGGUGCGCGACGGCCGCGCCUCCGUCCACUCCAUGAUCUCGCGCAAGGUGACCAUCGCCGGCUUCGACCUGACCAGCUACCGCGACUGCCUGACCAAGUGGAACCGGGCCAUCGAGGUGAUGUACGCCCAGUGUCUGCAGGUGGGGCGGGCCAAGUGCCUGCCCGUCUACUACGAGCAGCUGGUCCUCCACCCGCAGCGCUCCCUGCGCCUCGUCGUCGACUUCCUCGGCCUCGCCUGGACCGACGCCCUCCUGCACCAUGAGGACCUCAUCGGCAAGCCCGGGGGCGUCUCCCUGUCCAAGAUCGAGCGAUCGACAGACCAGGUGAUCAAGCCCGUGAACCUGGAAGCCCUGUCCAAGUGGAUCGGGCACAUCCCGGAAGACGUGGUCCAGGACAUGGCCCACAUCGCUCCCAUGCUGGCCAAGCUCGGCUACGACCCCUACGCCAACCCGCCAAACUACGGAGACCCCGACCCGUUCGUCGUCAACAACACCAACCGGGUUAUGAAAGGAGACUUUAAAACACCAGCCAAUCUGAAAGGAUAUUUUCAGGUGGAUCAGAAUACAUCCUCUCCUCAUUUAUGAAGUGCGCGAUUUCCCGGGGUUCUGCAAAUGCCUUUUCAACACCAGAAAGAGAAGAUAGUUUGCAACGGAGUGGAAAUCACUUUAUCCAAGCAUAUUGCUUGCUCUUAUUGCCAAAACAGGACAGCUAAACGAGGAAUGGAUUUGCAUUUGCGUGCAAAGGCCCAAACGUUUGAAACUUCCAGCUAACAUUCUCUGAUCUGUUUGGAUACCCGUCAUGUGCGAGAAACAUCAGCGGAAGGGGCCUGGGGGUGACAGGAGAGGUGGGGAUCCGGACCCGAAGGUGACGUUUUGUUUUCAGUUAUUGGGGAAUUUUCCAAUAUGCAUCGUUUUUAUUUCCUAACUCGCAGAAUCGAAACGAAGCAUCGCGACUGGAGCUCCACAUCUAAUUCCCUCCCCAACAUCUCCCUGCCUCCUGUCAGCCCUUCAUUUAGAACUCACAGAAUCUAUUUAAGGAUUUUAAUAUAUGAGGCUGUUUGGAAUUAUAUUUGGCACGCUGCAACUGAAUUUCACGAGAAUAAAAGUAUCGUUUAAUAUAGAGAAAGGACUU